CCGGCCCGGCUCGAUCGCACGGGAGAGUCGUCCUCGUGUUUUCGCAUCGUAUCCGCAGCGCAUCGCGCGUACACGCGUAUACACACACACACACACGCACGCACGUACAGUAACCCGGACAGCGCGUUCUUCGUCGUCCGAGCGGGCGAGCGGAGGCAGGAGUUGCGAGAGCUCCGACGAGUCGAGGCAGGCGCUCCGGAGGCAGGAGGCAGUCGGUAGUAGUUGAAGUGCGGGUUCAGUGAGAGAGGAGAGCACCCCGGGGCCCGGCCGGCGAGACACCGUCGUCGCCGUCGUCUUCGUCGCGCGCGUCGUGCACGUGGAAGCCGGCGCAGCCGGGCAGCCGAGGAGGCAGGCGAGACGGUCCGUCGCGGUUGAGCUGCCGCGGGGAUGGAGCUGCAGGAGAUGUUCCGCUACGGCUACAUGUUCCCGCCACGGGAGGACGAGCUCGCGGGCUGCGUGUACCUGGACCUGCCGAACUACCCCAAAGACAAGGCCGCCGGCUUGCCGCCCGUCAGCACGCUCGCGGUGCCGCAGUGCCUCGUCUACGACAGCAACUGCAGCGACGGCUGGCACACGCCGAGCCCGUCCGCCAGCCUGCGCUCCGUCAGCCCGGCGACGACGUUGUCGAUCUCGUCGGAACCGGAGACGCUGAACGCGCCGCCGGCGACGUACCGGCUGCUGGGCUCGGUGAAGGACAAGAGGGCCGCGGGCAAGAGGAGCGUCUCCGUGGCCGCCGGCGGCCAGCGGCUGCGCGUCGACGCGUCGAUGGACCUGGCCGAGGAGAUGAUCCACCUGGAGCCGGAGCGCGACCUCGCCGACCUCGGCGCCGACGGCGACGGCGACGUCGACAAGACGCAGUCCUGCCGCGGCAGCGUCAUCAGCAGCGGCCUGUCCGACCGCACGCUGGACGGCGACAGCGAGGAGGACGCCGAGGUGAGCGACGGAGCGGACCAGCCGGAGGCGGCCAACGGCCCGCACGCCGGCCCCGACGAGCGCGACAGCCGCCGCAGGGGCAAGUACGUCAACUCCACCAUCGUGAGGAAGCGGCGGCUGGCCGCCAACGCCCGCGAGAGGAGACGCAUGCAGAACCUCAACAAGGCGUUCGACCGGCUGCGCACUUAUCUGCCGUCCCUCGGCAACGACAGGCAGUUGUCGAAAUAUGAGACCCUGCAGAUGGCCCAGUCCUACAUCACCGCGCUCUACGAUCUGCUGCAGUGAGGACUGCCCGAGGUCUGCCCGGUAAGCCCGCGAGCGACAAGACCGUCCUCCGUUGCCCCCGGGAAACCCUCCCUCUCCCCCCCGCGUCUCCGCGACGCUUUCCUCCGGGAAGUCGCAGCGACGAAAUCCGGAGGUCGCGAUACGGUAUCCAAGGGACAUCUCCCCUCCCCUUACCCCUCCUCUUCGAGGUACACGACUGCUCCAGGGAGAAACCAUCACUCCCGAAGACGCUCGCGUCCCGACAGAUUGAUGUUUGGAUUACGGAUUAUUGCGACCUUUCGAGCCCGUGCGUCUCGGGGCUGCCGGAACAGCGACGCCCGUUGAUACUUAAUGCAGAGAGUGUCGUAGCGCCGGAAGAUGUGCCUUUCGCAACGAAUAAGUACAAGCCGUACCUGUAGUAACUCGAUCGACUCCGCAGCGAGCGUUCGGACAUCUCUCGCUCGCGCCUCGUCGACGAGCAGCAGCAGGCGCGAGGCGGCUGUUAAUCCGCCGUCGACCGUCUUCUCUUCCUCAUGUGACCUUUUCCAAUGUCAUUGCUAGAGUAUCACCGGCGCGGUAUCACUCUUUGCGCGUUUCUCGCGUCGUGCAGAUCGCGCUGGAAUUACAGCGCGACGAACACUUUUGGAACGGCUCAGACAAGGCUGCGCCGAGGUCUAGCCCCGAGUUAAAAGGAUCGGACAAAGGGCCUUUGAGAGGCUGUGAGAGGAUUCACCCGCGAGGAUAUCGCGAUAACAAUAUUCUCGGCGGCUUUUCGACUCUGGCAUUCCGCAGUUGUAAAUAGCGCGAGAGGCGACGAAGAUGCGAUCUCGUCUAGUUUAGACUUUAAGUGCGACACGUGCGUCCAUGUAAAUAGAUCCUGUAAAUAAGCGCCGUAAUCUUACGUUCGUUACGUCUCGUGUUAAGGCUCUGUAAAUGUUGUAACAUAGCCCGCUAAGCUGGCUAGCCUACAAGCACUGUGUAUCAUAUCGCCCGACUGUGUGUAUACUAUAAUUUAUUUUUAAUACAAGACAAUCAUAUCAGAGAGCAGCGUAUUCUGCGAGACUGAUGAGAAGCGCGAUGUAUCUGGCGAAAUAAAGUUAUUUUACCGUAACCACAUGCAUCUUCGAGUUGUCGCGAUUCUUUCCGCAACAUGGGAAACUCGCUCGCGGGGAGACUCACCCUCUCUCUUUCUCUCGCUGAAGAUCCUCUCGGGUGCGAAUU